AUGAAUAAAACAGUUAAAAGAGAAGGAAUAUAUUUCAACGGUUUUUUAAGAUAUAGUAAAAAGAAAAAGAUAGCAAAAAAUGAUAAUGAAUAUUGUGGAUUACAAGCACAACGAAAUAAUUUAAGCGAUCAUAAGAAUGCUACUAAUUCAUAUGACAUACAUAGCGAGCAGGAAAAUAUAGAUAAUAAAGAAAAUGAUGUUGAAGAACGUCGGGAAUCAAAGGAAAAAAGGGAAUGUCAUUUUAUAGACAACGAUAUUAAGGGUCCCAUUGAUGAAAGAGAUAUAGUAGAUAUACAAUUGAAAAAAAAUGUUACUGGGAAUUUUGGAAAAAAAGACAAAUAUAAUAUUGAAAGUGGUGGUAACUUUCCUAAAUCAGAUAAUCCUAUUUCUUUAAAUAAAAAAAAUAAAUAUAAAAUUCAAAAUGGGUUAAAAAACAGAAAAACUAAAAAAACAAAAAUAGACAAUGCUUUAAAAGAGAGAAAUACACCCUUUUCGAAAAAGGUGGCAAUAACACACAAAAAAAAAAAAUUAUUAUAUAAAAAUAAUCCAAAGAACUUAAACAAAAUUGAUAAACGUUAUGUUGUGGAAAAUUAUAUUAAAAGUUUCAUUAAUAAAAAGAAAAGGGAUGAUAUAAAACCGGAAGCAUUUAAAUAUAAAUAUGAAUUGCCUACUAUAGCUUCUCUAGGAAAAGUAAAAACAUUAGGUUAUUUUAAUUAUGCAUUUAAGAAAGAUACAUUAAAUGAUACUGCGAAGUUUAUCUUAAAUAAUUUAUCUAACAUAUAUUUUGAAGAUUCGGUUUUACGCUUUAUUAAUCUGCGUAGAAAAAAAAAACUGAUAAAAAAAAAAAAAAAAUUUCAAAAAUAUUGA